GCUCAACGAAACUUAAAAUGUACCUCUACACCUCUAAACUUCCUCUAAAAUCAAAAUUUAUUUUUCGAAUUAUUCGAAAUUUUCAUUCCUUUACUCCUCCUACCCCUCGUCCACAAAAUUAUUCUUCCUAUUUGGGGAGGGGAGUACCAACAGUUGGGAUUCGAAGGGAAACGAUUAAUGCUUGGGAGAGAAGAGUUCCAUUAACACCAAAUCAUGUAAAAGUUUUGACAAAGAAGGGAGUUCGAGUAAUUAUUCAGCCGUCAAAUAGAAGGGCUUUUCCAAUACAGGAUUAUAUUGGGGCGGGCGCAACGGUUCAAGAAGACCUUAGCCAAGCUCAAUUAAUUGUUUCUGUCAAACAAGUGCCAGUCGAGGACCUAAUCGCAAACAAAACUUAUGCGUUCUUUUCCCACACAAUUAAAGCGCAACAGGACAAUAUGGAAAUGUUGGACAGUAUUUUGGCAAGAAAGAUUAGAUUAAUUGAUUUUGAGAAGAUGACAGAUAUUGAGGAUAGACGACUUGUAUAUUUUGGAAAAUGGGCGGGAUAUACGGGAUUUAUUGAUAUAUUGCAUGGAUUGGGACUUAGACUUUUGGCUCUAGGGCAUCAUACACCUUUUAUUCACAUUGCAUUAGCACACAACUAUAGUGAUAGUCACAUGGCAAUUAAUGCCGUUCGCGAUUGUGGCUAUGAAAUAGCCUUGAAUCGAAUGCCUAGAAGCAUUGGGCCUUUAAUUUUUGUAUUUACCGGAACAGGAAAUGUUUCUAAAGGCGCCCAAGAACUUUUUAGACAUUUUCCCCACGAAUUUGUGGAUGCCAGUACUUUACCUCAAGUAGCCAAGAAAGGACAAUUAAGCAAAGUUUAUGGUUGUGUUGUUUCUCGUGCUGAUCAUAUGAUUAGGAAGGAAGGAGGAAUUUAUAAGCGGGAAGAAUUUGAGAAGCAACCAGAACUUUAUGUUUCCAAGUUUGCUAGUGAAAUUGCCCCCUACGCUACAGUAAUCUUAAAUUGCGUCUUUUGGGGAGUGAAUACACCAAGACUGCUUACAAUACCAGACGCCAAAAUUCUAUUAACCCCACGAGUAAAUAAAAGUUUGGAGGUGCCAGGAUGCCCUUCCCUUCCACACAGAUUAAUGGCUAUUUGUGAUAUUUCUGCUGAUCCUGGAGGUUCUAUCGAAUUUAUGACUGAAUGUACAACUAUCGAUAAGCCUUUUACUGUUUAUGAUGCCGAUUUGAAUCAAUCAACUGAUAGUUUUGAUGCCCCCUCGGGAUGCUUGAUUUGCUCUAUAGAUAAUAUGCCUGCCCAACUUCCAGUAGAAGCUAGUGAACAAUUUGGCUCCCUUUUAUUACCUUAUGUAAUGGAUUUGUUGAAUUGUUCAACAGACCAGCCAUUUAAUUCCUUACAAUGUUCUGAGGAAGUUAAACGUGCAAUAAUUACGACAGAUGGAGAAUUGACCCCAAAUUAUAAAUAUAUUGAAGAGCUUAGAAAUGAGCAGAGACGAUCAGCCCACAAAUCCCGUGCAAUGACCCCUACAACUAGACGUGUUUUGCUUCUUGGUGCUGGAAUGGUAUCUGACCCUCUUGCAAAAUAUUUUGCCGGUUUACCCCAUGUUGCCCUAACGGUGGCUGAUUCAUCCAGAAAUGUUCAGAGACAUUCUUCUUUGGGAGAUAAUAUAGAAACGGUUAUUGUGGAUGUACAUAAAGAGACGGAACGUGUUAAUGAACUUGUGGCAAAAAACGAGCUUUGUAUUUCUCUACUACCAUAUACCCUACACCCUCAAAUUGUCCGUAUGUGUAUUAAAAAUCAGACAAACAUGGUUACAAGUAGUUAUAUUACACCUGAAUUACAAGCUAUGAAUGAUGCUUGUAAAACAGCAGGUAUAACAGUUAUGAAUGAGGCUGGUUUAGACCCAGGAAUUGACCAUAUGUUAGCAAUGCAGUGUAUAGAUCAAGUACAUGCUUAUGGUGGGAAGGUCGUUUCCUUUGUGAGUUUUGCUGGUGGCCUCCCUGCUCCAGAAGCAUCAGAUAACGCUUUGCGUUAUAAAUUUUCUUGGAGUCCAAAAGGUGUUUUAAUGGCAUUAACUAGCCCAGCACGUUAUUUAAUGAAUGGAAAUGUUGUUGAAUUAGGAAGUAAUGGAGAAGUUUUUGAGGACCUUCAUGAAAUUGAUUUUAUGCCUGGUUUUAAUUUAAUUGGAUAUGCAAAUAGAGAUUCUACAAAAUAUGCAGAAAUUUAUGGGGUACAGGGAGAAUGCAAAACUCUUUUGAGAGGAACUCUGCGUUAUAAGGGUUUCGUGGAAGCGGUUAAAGCAUUAAAACAACUUGGCUAUUUAUCAACAGAAAAGAAAGACUUUCUUGAUCCAACAGAAGGUCCAGACUUGACGUGGAAACAAAUAACAGCUUCCCUAUUAAAUCAACAAAUUGACAUCUUCCCCGAUUCUUUAAAAAAUAUUGCUUUGGAUUGUUUGGGUGGAGAGGGGAAAAUACGAGAAUUAAAUGGAUUAGACCAAAUUGGACUUUUUUCCGAUGCAAUGCCAGAACGUCACUUGACUCCUCUAGACACUCUUGUCCCUCACUUAGCUAAAGCUCUUGCUUACAUUCCUGGCGAAAAAGAUUUGGUCAUUUUAAAUCAUGACAUUGUUGCCCAACUUCCAUCUGGAGCAUUGGAAUAUCACCGUAUAAAUCUGGUUGCCUACGGUGAACAACCCAAAAAUGGCUAUUCGGCUAUGGCAAGUACUGUGGGUUAUACAGCUGCUAUUGUUAGCAAUAUGAUUUUGAAUGGUGAAAUACAAGAAACUGGAAUGUUGAGACCAACAUCCAAAACAGUUUAUAGGCCAGUCCUCCAAAGAUUGAAGGAUUUUGGAAUUAAAGCAAAUUCUAUUGUGAAACAACAAAAUUUUUAA